AACACUUUUAUUUCUUUUGUUUGCAAAAACAAUGCUAGUAAGACGCUGUUCGGUUUUUAUGUCAUUAACCAGUUUUUUCUAUGGUGCUUUCUCUCCAGGGACUCCUGUUUGGUUCUUUGUGAAAAUUGCUCCAAUUCGAAAUGAACAGGACAAAGUUGUUUUGUUUCUUUGCACUUUCAGUGACAUCACAGCUUUCAAACAGCCUAUUGAGGAUGACUCAUGCAAAGGUUGGGGAAAGUUUGCUCGUUUGACGCGUGCACUAACAAGCAGCCGAGGAGUCCUGCAGCAACUUGCCCCCAGUGUGCAGAAAGGAGAGAACGUUCACAAGCAUUCCCGCCUAGCAGAGGUCUUGCAGUUGGGCUCGGAAAUCCUCCCGCAAUACAAGCAAGAAGCACCAAAGACUCCACCACAUAUCAUUUUACAUUAUUGUGUUUUCAAGACUACUUGGGACUGGGUGAUUCUGAUUUUAACUUUCUACACUGCAAUUUUAGUCCCUUACAACGUCUCUUUUAAAACCAAACAGAACAAUGUGGCCUGGCUGGUAGUGGACAGCAUCGUAGAUGUCAUUUUUCUGGUAGACAUUGUGCUUAAUUUUCAUACCACAUUUGUUGGGCCUGCUGGAGAAGUGAUCUCUGAUCCAAAGCUGAUCCGCAUGAAUUACUUGAAGACCUGGUUUGUAAUUGACCUUCUCUCCUGUUUGCCAUAUGAUGUGAUCAAUGCAUUUGAGAAUGUUGAUGAGGGCAUCAGUAGUCUGUUCAGUUCCCUUAAAGUAGUCAGGCUGCUUCGACUGGGUCGUGUGGCUCGAAAAUUGGAUCACUAUAUUGAAUAUGGAGCGGCUGUCUUGGUUCUUUUGGUGUGUGUCUUUGGUCUUGCAGCCCAUUGGCUGGCCUGCAUUUGGUACAGUAUUGGGGACUAUGAAGUUAUCAAUGAGGAUAAAAACACAAUACGAAAUGAAAGCUGGCUCUACCAGCUGGGGGAAUCCAUAGGAUCGCCCUAUCAAUUGAACACAACGACUGGAAAAUGGGAAGGCGGACCAAGCAAAGAUUCUGUUUAUAUCUCUUCAUUAUAUUUUACAAUGACUAGUCUGACAAGUGUUGGAUUUGGGAACAUUGCACCAACGACAGAUGGAGAGAAGAUCUUUGCUGUUGCUAUGAUGAUGAUUGGCUCUCUGUUAUAUGCAACCAUUUUUGGGAAUGUGACAACUAUCUUUCAGCAAAUGUAUGCUAAUACAAACCGAUAUCAUGAAAUGCUAAACAGUGUCCGGGACUUCCUGAAGCUCUACCAAGUGCCCAAAGGCUUGAGUGAACGUGUGAUGGACUACAUUGUUUCUACUUGGUCAAUGUCCAGGGGCAUUGAUACUGAAAAG